AUGCAACCACCACCUCAUCGUGCUCAUGCUUUAGUUGUACAUUCAAUGACUAACCAACAUGCUGUACUUCAUUCGGCAGCAGCUACAACGAUCCGAACACACGAAGAAGACUUUGACGAAACAGACACUAUUUUGGAGGAAAUUUCUAGGGUCCAACAUCACCAGAAUGAGCCCGAAGUGUUAUUGGACGAUGGCAACCAUCGUGAUGGAAAUACAUAUUUAGAAAAUCGUUCAUUAUCAGCAAGAUUGAGUGGUUGGUUUUCAAAAAAGCAAAAACGAGUUUCUUUUCCAUCUUCCGAACAAGUAUCCCAUACAAUCUCGGAAAGCUCUUUCAGUUUACCCACUCUAGGAACUCAUAAUAAUUAUGGAAGUGUUAUUCAUGUAGAUUCAUCCAUCAAACAUUUGAGUACUUCAAAGAAAUUAUUAUUGGACGUUAAGAAACCUUACAAGUUACAAAAAGCAGCCGUUAUUUGCAAUGCUUGCUUUACUGCUCUUUCUAUUUUAUUAAUUCUCGGAUGUUUCAUAUUACCUACCAUUCCGUUCAAUCAAUUCAUUGAUAUUAGUACAACUUAUUAUGUUACAUCGUUUAUCAUUGUUUUUGUUCCAGUUUGUGUGGUUUUGUUUAUUACGACAAUUAUUGGAAUGAUUGCGUUCAAACCAACGAAAGAAUAUAUCAAGAGUUUGCAUUUGGGAUAUAUUGGUUCCUUGUUGUUUUUAAUAUUUAUGGAUUGUAUCUCAAUUGCCAUUAUGUUUAUUUCAACAGAUCCUAAUUAUCAUUACAGUAGUUAUCUGAGUUUGUGUAUAUCUGCUGUGGUUCUUAACUGUAUCAUUGUGGUGUGGUCUCUAGUGAUGAUUGGUGUUACUAUUUUGCGAAUGAAGAGAGAAUCGUUUGAGUAUCAAUAUGGACAUUCAUCAAUGAAACAAUAA